AUAUGUGCGUUGUGUUAUUUACAGGUUUCGCCUCUUAAAUCCAUGAAUGUAAUGUCGCUAUGAAAUGUCAUUAUGUAAUCCUAUCGGAAUAAACUCUGAUCAGAACGAUUAAACUGAGGGAUGCAAGCUUGCAUGGGAUCACAUACAAAUAUCGCCAACAGCUGAACACCAAUAUCGCAUAUUAUGCUAGCAAUGGACGAUGUCUCACCGUCCACCAUUGUCAGGGAACGAUCCAUCCCUGGCCCAAUCCCGGCGUCCGCACAUGGUCCACCUCUCUCAACAACAGGCGGAACAGCUCUGCCCAUGUUGGAAGAUACAGAUUUUGACUCGUACUCAGACGCUGAACUUGCAAAACUAUACGAAGAGUUGGUCAAAAAGGCACAAUUCUUGGAAGCGGAGAAUACACUGUUUGAGAGCUUUCUGAACCGUGUUGGCCCAGAUGUCGCAAGUGGUGCUUCUGCUGGAGCCGGGGGUGCAAAGGGGACUGCAGGUGGCGAGAUGGGAUACAUGGAUCUAGAAGGUCCGUCGGACUUUGGAGGCCUGGCUCCCGGUACCUCUGGACUACCAGCUGCUACGCCGGCGGCUGGCAGAGCACGAAAGAAGAAGGGAGAAAAGGUCGAAAAGCAUCAAGCGCCGAUCCUCCUCACCCCCGAGCAAAAGAGCGAGAUUGCAACGAGGGAACUAGAAGAGCUAAAGGACGAGAUUGAAAGACAAAAGGAAGAGUGGGGAAAAGUCUUGGACAAUUACAAAGCCGAGAUGGAAGAGAUUGAUAUUAGAAUAUCAGAGACAAAGAAGGCAAUGUAUGAGUUCAAGAGGGACAUUGUGCAGGGUGCUGUCAAUCCUCGCACAAACAAGGUUGUGGCAGAGAGGGUUCUGCGUUAUUUUGAGGACAAAAUUCGGGGAAAGGACGCCAUCAUUAAAAAAACCCGGCUCAAAAACAGCACCAUCAAACUGCAAAAGAAUAAACUUCAUCUCCAACUUAAACAAAAGGAAGAGAUGGGAGAAGUUCUCCACGCCAUCGACUUUGACCAGUUGCAAAUCGAAAACAAGCAAUACUUGGCCAAAAUUGAAGAGCGAAAUGCUGAGCUCUUAAAGUUGAAAAUGACAGCGGGAAAUACCCAGCAGGUGUUAAACUUUCACAAGAGAAAGCUUCAGGCUCUCACCCAAGAGUCCGACUUUCUCAAGCAAGAGAUUGCCCAACGACAGGAGGUAUUGACCAAGCUCCUGGAUGAAGCCGAGGUCGUGGAGCAGGAGAGAGCUCAAGCUCAGAGAACAAACCAAAAGAUUAAGGAACAGAUUGAAGAGUUUAGAGUGCCCGAUGUGAUGGACUAUGUCUCUAUAAAGGCCCAGCAGGAGGAUCUGAAGAGCAAACUCAAAACAUGGGAGCGCAAGGUUGGCAUCGCUACAAUGCAAACACAACGAUUAAAGAAGAUUUGGCGGCAAAUGUGCCUUCAUGCUCAUCCACAUCCAGCCCAUCAACAGCAGAAUCGCUAUUACAUUGACCAUAACCGAUUAGCGAAUGUUCCUCAACUUCCUCCUGUACCAAUAUGAAAGCUAUCUAUUUCUCGUCCAUACACUGGUGUUUGCGCUUUGUUUCCAAG